AUAUAAAUAACUUUUAUCAACGUCAGUAGUUGUAAUUUUUUUAGUUGAUGAUCAUAAAAAUUAAUAAAAUUGAAAAAAAUAUAAAUAAAUUAAGUGAUAGUUUAUAAAAUAAUUUUUACAGUUUAUUCGAUUACAAGGGAUAUAACCAACGUCUAUACAUGAAAAUGAAAAAAACCUGGGUAAAGCGGGAAAAUAUAUAUUAUGUCCCAUUUUAUAAACAAAAAUCGAAAAUGUUACUUUUGGGCAUAUUUCUACUGGGCAUUAUAUUCUUUGUAUACCAAGCUGUUUCCAUAAACCAACUGCCAAAUGCUAGCACACCAUGGUCAUUGGAAGGUACUGUACAAGGUCUAAAAAGGAAACACAAACAAAUACAAGCGUCAUUGGGUAAAAAACAAACUGAUAAUGAUUCGGGGGGAGGUGGUGGCGUAUACGACGAAGGUGGCGGUAAUGGUGAUAAUGAGGAUGCUAACUUAUCACCAGAUACUAUAAAAAUUAUAAGAGGCAUUCGACUCUUCGAUUACGACUCUUACAAACCGAAUUUCGAGGGGAAAUUCCGCUGCUUAGACGGAAGCUUAGAAAUACCAUUUGAACGCGUCAAUGAUGAUUAUUGUGAUUGUGUACACGAUGGCAGCGAUGAGCCAAGUACAAAUGCCUGCAGUAAUGGCCGCUACUAUUGUAAAUAUCAAAAACGUCACAUUACAGGACGGGGACGUGAUAUUUUCGUGCAUAGUAGUCGGGUAAAUGAUGGAAUUUGUGAUUGCUGUGAUGGCAGUGAUGAGUGGAAGGGAACCAAAUGCAAAAAUAAUUGUUUAUAGAAGUGAUAGAACUGAGUUUCUUACAGAAAACAAACUAGUUGUAAGUAGUUAUUUAUUUGUUUUAAUUAUCAUUUAAAAAAAUCCGAAACAAGUUUUAAUUCAAGUCAUUGAAUGACCGUGAAAAUAUUGUAGCUACUAGGGUAAUUAAUUUGUAAUUUGCAUUUUUAAAUUGCUAAAUUUACUUUUUUAAGAGAAUUUUGUUUUCAAUAUUUUUUUCUAGAAUUUAUUAUAAUAAUUUUGAUUUUAAAAAUUCUGUAAGUUUAAAAUUAAAUUUAUUUUUAAUAACUAUAGUAACGACACCAAAUUGUGUAAUGUUUUAUUUUAGUAAAUAAAGGUCUCAUUUUGUUAGAUGAAAGAAGAAUGAAUACAUAAGAAUUGUUUAUGAAAUGAUAUGAAAAUAUUUGUGAAAC